AUGUUCUCAAAAACUAUCCUCAUCUCUUUGCUGGUGGCUCUAGUAGAAGCUCGUUUCGGCCAAGAACAAGGAAACGGAGCAAUCGCCGCCAUCACCGCCUUGAGUGACUUCGGCAACCCAGGAGCCGCAGCAACCCUCGGAGGACAAUCCAUCCAAUUCCUCCUCGGCGCCGCCAACCCCUGCGGAAAACUAACCCAAGCCGACACCAUCGUCGCCCAACUCGGCAACAACUCCCAAGUGAUUUCCGCAGCUCGUGGUCUCGUCGCCGCCGAACAAAAUUUCAACCCUUUCGUUGUUUCUGUCCCGAAUAUUUGUUCCGAUCCCACUUUACCCACUACGGCUGCUCUACGCGGUGUAGUUCCACUUAUUGAUCCGUCUGUUGUGGGAAGCGAAACGGAAAAUGCAAAUAGUGCAAAGAGUACCACGACGCCUUUUGCGGCUGAUGGUCUUAGUGUUGCCGAUGUGAUGGUUGCGCAGGGUUUCUCGAAUUUUACUACUACGGAUGCGGCGGGGAAUAAGGGAACUCUAUCUGGUUUGUCGGCUGCGGCGGGAAGUGUAUCAGCCUCGGGUUCUACGCCCAGUGCUCCUUCAUCAGGCGUUUCUAGUGUGGCUGUAGCUGCUGUAGCUGCGGCUUCAAGUGGAAUUGCUUGUGGAGGUACUACUCUCAUCACUGUUACAAUGGCUGCUUCAUCCGCCACCGCAGCAUCCACAUCCAUAAGCAGCUCCUCUUCGAGCUCAACCACCUCCACAAACGACAAUACCACCGUCCAAGCCUCCAGCAUAUCCGGCCUCUCAUUCGGCCUGUGCGUCCCCACCAUGAAAUUCGAAGCCGGACUAAACGGCCGCAAAGACACAGAAUUUACCUUCCAAGCCAUUGAUCCCCUGGUCAAUAAAGGACAACAAGAAGCACUUAAUCCUAACAUCAUCACGAAUCGUAUCUGUGAUCAGCUGACUAAUGUGUGUAAUGCGAAUGAGGCUGCGAAGACGGCGUGUGCGCAGGCUAAGGCGAUGAUUAGUGCUGCUGGGACGAAGGAUGUGAGUACGGCGAAUGCGUGGAAUACUGCGCUUGGGUUUGAGGGCGCCGAUACGAAUCCAGAUGGGGCGCCGAAGGCGGGACUUGUUGGUCACUCUUGA